AUGGCACCCCCCAGACCCCUUCUGAUGCUGGCCCUGCUGGCAUGGGCUGCUCUAGCUGACCAAGAGUCGUGCAAGGGCCGCUGCACGGAGGGCUUCAAUGCUGACAAGAAGUGCCAGUGUGAUGAGCUCUGCUCUUACUAUCAGAGCUGCUGCACCGACUACAUAGCCGAGUGCAAGCCCCAAGUGACUCGCGGAGAUGUAUUCACCCUGCCUGAGGAUGAAUAUGGCACCUACGACUACCGUGCAGAGAUCAAAGACAACACCAGCAGCCACACACAGCCAGAGAGUUCCGCCCAGGGCCCUGACCUGCUCAGGAGCGUAGAGCAGAGUCCUGUUGAGAUCCUUGAGAAAGAAGACUCUGAGCCUGAGAAGCUGAUCCCAGGGCCUGAGGCGGAGACUCCAGGGUCUGGGAUCAGUGACCCAGGAAUCUCUGAGUCCCUAGAGGAGGAGGAGCUGUGCAGCGGGAAGCCUUUUGACGCCUUCACCGACCUCAAGAAUGGUUCCCUCUUUGCCUUCCGAGGACAGUACUGCUAUGAGCUGGAUGAAAAGGCAGUGAGGCCUGGGUACCCCAAACUCAUCCGAGAUGUCUGGGGCAUCGAGGGCCCCAUUGAUGCCGCCUUCACUCGCAUCAACUGUCAGGGGAAGACCUAUCUCUUCAAGGGUAGCCAGUAUUGGCGUUACGAGGAUGGUGUCCUGGACGCUGGCUACCCUCGAAACAUCUCUGGAGGCUUCAAGGGCAUCCCGGACAACGUGGAUGCGGCCUUGGCCCUCCCUGCCCAUAGCUACAGUGGCCGGGAACGCGUCUACUUCUUUAAGGGGAAUCAGUACUGGGAAUACGAGUUCCAGCAGCAGCCCAGUCGGGAGGAGUGUGAAGGCAGCUCCCUGUCUGCUGUGUUUGCCCACUUUGCCCUAAUGCACCGGGACAGCUGGGAGGACAUCUUUGAGCUUCUCUUCUGGGGCAGACACUCUGGUGGUGCCCGCGAGCCCAAGUUCAUCAGCCGGGAUUGGCGUGGUGUGCCGGGGCAGGUGGAUGCUGCGAUGGCUGGCCGCAUCUACGUCUCAGGCUUCGCCCCCCACUCCUCCUUGGCCAAAAAACACAAGUCUGCACGUCGCAACCGCAAACGCUACUCGUCUCGCCGCAGUCGCGGUCGCGGCCGUGGCCGUAGCCAGAAGUCACGCCGACCUUCCCGCUCAGUCUGGCAGUCCUGGUUCUCCAGUGAGGAGAGCGGGCUGGGAACCUACUAUGACUACGACAUGGACUGGCUGGUUCCUGCCUCUUGCGAGCCCAUUCAGAGUGUCUACUUCUUUUCAGGAGACAAGUACUACCGAGUCAACCUUCGCACGAAGCGAGUGGACACUGUGAGCCCUCCCUACCCACGCCCCAUCGCCCAGUACUGGCUGGGCUGCCCAGCUCCUGGCAGCCAGUAGGAGCCUGAGUCCACACCGCUGGGCCUUCUGUAGCUUCCUCCUCCCACCUCAAUAAAGGUCCCUUGGUUCUGAGUUUAAGACUUCUGUCCUGACUGGACUCAACAGGCUGGUAAGGGAGGAGAAGCUUGGCUGUCACGAUGGGCUGGGAGAGGGGAUGGAGAAGGGCCUGUGUGUCCAAGCUAUGUUGGCUCAGGCCAGCUCAUGAACCUGAAAAGUGGUGGGCUGGGGAGGAGCCCCUGAAAGCCAGCCCUCCUCCCAUGCUAAGCAGCCCCCAAGAGUCCCACCAGCAGCUAAGCAGGAGCUUGAACCCCUCUGAUGACGAUCAGGAGUUCACACUACCGUCGGCAGUCCCAGGCAUGCUUUGCCCCUGGGAGCUGACAAUGGUCUCAGAGGAGAAGGGGCAGGAGGUGGCAGGGUCCUGGCUUGGCUUUUCUGCCCAUCCUGAGCCUGAAAUCCAGGUAGCUUGGACUCCUGAACCCUUGGGAAAUUGGUCACUGUGCUCCCCCAAACACACCCCUUUCAUUCUUUGAGGUCUCUGUCUUGAGUCUUGGGUAGGGGGCGGUAAGGUUAGAAAAGAGGGGAGGGCAGGAAAUGAAAUUCAAAUGCACCUCUUCUCUUAGAAAGGUGGUGCAAGGGACUUCCAAGGAAGAGAACACUGUAAAACCAAACACCUUCUUAAAAACCCUCAACUGCACCUGUCGAACCCUCUCUGGGAUGACUCCAUCUGGGCUUCUGAGGGGUCAGGUUAGAUGCAGAAAGGGUUAGAUGCAAGCAAAGCUCUAAAGCAAACCCCAGGGUGAUCUGGUGGCCAGCGACAUCUGGCGGCCAGCGACAUCUGGCUCCAGCCCUGCGGCGGCGGG